AGCAACCGACCAAAUUAAGAAGAAAAUAAUUUGCCUGUCAUCUCCAGAAGUUCUCUUCGGGAAAAUCUGCAAGACUUAAAAUGACCAAAAACACCGAUAUUCGAAUCAGCCUCCCAGCAGUCUGCUUUGUCUGGCAGAUUGCUAUGAUUAUUCUGUUCGGUGUGUUCAUCCGUUAUGAUGAGGAAUCUGACAGUCACUGGAUCGAACACCAAAGAAAGAAAAAUAUUUCCACACAUUUAGAGAAUGAGUUUUACUAUAGAUAUCCAAGUUUUCAGGAUGUACAUGUGAUGAUCUUUGUUGGUUUUGGAUUUUUAAUGACCUUUCUCAAGCGUUACAGUUUUGGUGCAGUUGGUUUCAAUUUUCUCAUCGCAGCUUUUGGAAUUCAGUGGGCUCUGCUGAUGCAAGGCUGGUUUCAUCACCUUGACAAAAAUGACUGGAAGAUAAAAAUCGGGAUUGAGAACCUCAUCAAUGCGGAUUUCUGCGUGGCUGGCUGUCUCAUUGCAUAUGGUGCUUGUCUUGGAAAAAUCAGUCCAGUGCAGCUAUUGCUUCUUACUCUGUUUGGAGUCACCUUGUUUGCUGUUGAGGAGUAUAUCAUUCUUGAAAUCCUACAUGCGAAAGAUGCUGGUGGUUCCAUGGUCAUUCACACUUUUGGAGCAUAUUAUGGUUUGGCCAUAUCUUGGGUCUUAUAUCGACCAUCGCUAUCUCAAAGCAAGCAUUUACAAGGAUCUGUUUACCACUCUGAUGUGUUCGCAAUGAUUGGCACUCUCUUUCUUUGGAUGUACUGGCCCAGUUUUAAUUCUGCUAUUGCAGAUCAUGGCGAUGGCCAGCACAGAGCUGUUAUAAAUACCUACCUCGCUCUGGCUGCCUCGGUUCUCACUACCUUUGCCAUUUCAAGUAUCUCACAGAAACACGGAAAGCUCGACAUGGUACAUAUUCAGAAUGCUACGUUGGCCGGCGGUGUUGCGAUGGGUACAGCUUCAGAAUUCAUGAUUACACCGUAUGGCUCUUUGAUAGUGGGAUUCUGUUCAGGCAUCGUUUCCACUUUUGGAUAUGUCUUUCUGACUCCUUUUAUGGAAAAAAAAUUGAAGAUACAAGACACUUGUGGAAUACAUAACCUGCACGCAAUGCCUGGAGUUAUAGGUGGUAUUGUUGGAGCGAUUACUGCAGCUACCGCCAGCGAUUCUGUUUAUGGACAUGAAGGGCUGAUUAACACUUUCGACUUCAAGGAUGAUGUUGCUAACAGGACAGUCAACAUUCAGGGUUGUUACCAGGCGGCUGGACUUUUUGUAGCAAUAGCAUUUGGCCUUGUAGGUGGAGCUUUGGUCGGUGGCAUACUAAAGCUGCCAAUCUGGGGAGACCCAGCAGACGCCAACUGCUUUGAUGAUGAAGUUUACUGGGAGGUUCCUGAGGAUGAGGAUAAAAAUGUUCUCCCUAGACACUCAAACAUUAACCAUGCAGGAGGCGUGCCAGAUGCAUAUCAACGAAGUCAUGUGUAAGGAACAAACAAAUUAAAAACUGAAAAAGUCCCUGGAGAACUUCAGAUGGGAGCGAUGUUUGAAUAAGAAUGAUAAAGGCUUUACAGAUUGAGACUAGAUAAGCUACUCAAUGGAAUUUUUUUUACAUCUGUCAUGUGCUGUGGGUUGUACAAUGAAAUAAUCCAAAAGCAUUUUGUCUGUAGCACCUGACUAACCAGUGUUACCACUGCUGCUUCCGCAAAAACAAAUCCAAACUUGUGUUUAUUUCCUUUUAAAAUUCUUUAUAUACCUGCACCAAUGAUCCGAGACUUUAUCUUUUCUUUAUUUAUGUAUAUUAAUAAUAAUAACUGAUCACUGUAAAGAAACAGAACUGAAGAUCAAUUUGACUUGUUUACCUAAAAAGUGAACUUCACAAUGUUAUUUAACCUUCCUAAUAAAGUCUAUUGUUUUUUAUCAUA